CUGCAAUAGUUUAUGUGAAAGCUUUCGUUAAAACGGGAAAGUCACGUUGUUACAUCAGAUUAAAUAUACUUGCUCUACAGUGAAGCUAUCAGCAAGAAUGAGAUUGUUGUUGAACUGCGUUUUUCUUGUGUUGUGUAACAAAUUAGACUGUUACGCACAUGCUGACGGGAAAGAGGAUGGUUUAUUAACAGAUCCUUACCUCGAAGUGAUACAAUUUUAUAAUAUACCGUCGGAACGAAACUUUACGGUUGAAGUUCUGGAACAAUUAAUUCACGACUUUGCUGGGAGGAUCCACUGUGAUGAAGGGGCACAAGACCACGGAGAGGAUACGGAAGCUUGUCCUGAUAAAUUCUGCAUACAUGUUUCCAGUGUUCUUGCAAGUCUCAACGAAGGAAAUAUAACAAACAUUACGAAAGAGACAUUCGAAAAGAUCUCGGUGAUUCUGCUAGAAAUUGCUGUCGGUUUUAAUGAAUCCUGUCACAGUGAAAUUAUCCUCAGAGAAGACGGGUUUGAAGCCUAUAAAAACGCCCUAAAGAACAGUUUCACUGGCGACAAUGGUACUGGAGGGUUACAGCUUGUGGCAAUACAACAAUCACUGGAACUUAUUGUCCUUGACGAACCUCACUCUCAUAACGAGGAAGUUGAGCCUCAUAACGAGGACGGUGAGCCUCACUCUCAUAACGAGGACGGUGAGCCUCACUCUCAUAACGAGGAAGUUGAGCCUCAUAACGAGGACGCUGAGCCUCAUUCUCAUAACGAGGAAGCUGAAACUUCUGCGGUUGACGAAGGGCACAAACAAGACAACACACUUAUAUUUAAAGAAAAAUGUUUGGGUGCCGAUAUUGUGUUUGACCAGCUUGGGUUGGCCUUAGAUGGCAACGUUUCGCUUGAUCAUAUUGGAAAAAUUGCUGGACUUGUUGUCUACCAUAUUCUAAAAGGAGCCGAAAUAUCACGUGACUGUAGAGCGUUACCGAGAGAGGAUUUCUUUUUCAAAGAACUUGUUCAUAUAUAUGGCAAUAAAAACAACACCCUUGGCACAAAAGGUUUUACGAAGGUGAUGGAUGCUCUUCAGAUAGGAGAUGCGCAUGCGCCAGUAGAGACAACGGAUGAUGACCAUGGCCAUGACCAUAGAAGAAAAAGAAGCGUUGAAGAGGCCGAUAUGGACUUUAAAACAUCAUGGGAGAACGUGUGUUAUACAGAUGAACAACUGCUGGCAAUUUUCCAUGGACAUGACAGCAACAUUCCAGAAGAGAAAUUUAACGUCAUGUGUCCUGCUCUUAUACAACAAAAGCUUGCAGGCGUCUGUGUACAGAGCGAGCAAGAGUCUAAACAACAGGGGGCGCAACCAUCAAAACUCGAGAGGUACGGAUACGGAAGCCUGGCAACAAUCAUAGUGUGUUUAUGUUCUGUGGUAGGAGCUUUCGUCGUCAAAUUUAGCAGCGAUAAAGCUUAUGAUAUCAUCAUGGCGUUGUUUCUUGGGCUUGCCGUCGGCACACUCUUCACAGACGCCAUGAUACAUCUCCUGCCAAUGGCGCUUGGUAUUCAUGGUCAUUCUGAGACAGAUGACCACGGUAAUGGAGGAGAGGAUCAUGGUCACGGGGAAGGGGACAUAGUGGUGGAAGAGUAUGUCUGGUUUUCCCUUGUGGCUUGUGCUGGUUUAUAUUUCUUCUACCUGUUUGAAAAGAUCUUGAUACUGGUACGAAGACAGAAUGUUCACAGUCACGGACGGAAUAUGACGGAUGAACAGAUACACGAGGAGAAGAUAAAUAUUUCGCAAGCCGACAAAUAUACUGUAGAUACAAUGUCAGAAGAGAAUGCAGAAGACGCCCAAGGAAGAUCAAAGAAACGUACUUCAAGCAUUGCUGUUAUGGUGUUGAUGGGAGACGCGGUGCACAAUUUUGCUGAUGGUGUAGCUCUUGGUGCAGCAUUCUCGUCCAGCUUGGCGCUAGGCUUGUCAACUACCAUAGCAGUAUUCUGUCAUGAACUUCCGCAUGAACUCGGCGACUUUGCUAUCUUACUCGCCAGUGGUGUUUCUUUUGGUCGAGCUUUGUUCUUGAACUUUCUUGUUUCUCUUACCGCCAUGCUUGGCUUGUAUGUGGGUUUGGCUAUAUCUGAUGACGAAACAGUCAAGCAAUGGAUCGUUGCCGUCGCAGCGGGGUUGUUCAUAUAUAUUUCUCUUGUGGAUAUGAUGCCACAAUUGCUUCAGAGGUCCGCACAUGGAGUCCGUGAUUUCAUUCUGAACAAUAUAGGAAUGCUUCUUGGUGCUGGCGCCAUGGUUGUUCUUGCAAUAUUUGAAGAACGGAUAAGCGUUUCAGUGUGAACCUAAAUGACACAUUGCACUUGUUCUAUGCAAAAUAUAUACAACAUUGACUUUCAUAAUGUUGUUUGCUUUUCAAUAUGGAUUCGCCAGUGUUAGUACAGAACGCAUAAAAAUAAGGAUAGUGUAAUUGUAAUAAUCGUAAAGGAUUAAAAUGUUACAUAUCCCCCUUUUUAGCUCACCUGAGCAAUGCUCAGGUGAGUUUUUGUGAUCGCUCGAUGUCCGGCGUCUGUCUGUCUGUCGUCUGUCAACAUUUACCUUGUGUAUGCGAUAGAGGCUGUAUUUUUAGCUCGACUCUUCGAAGAAUAGUCUAGGUAUUCUACUCACCCUGGCGUCGGCGUCGGCGUCACACCUUGGUUAAGUUUUUGCAUGCAAGUACAUACAGCUAUCAUUUAAAGGCAGCUUUGAAACUUAUUUAUUCUUUUUCUAGGUCAAUUACCAACCUCACUGGGUCAAGUUCCAUAACUCUAACAUGUAUUUUGAGCAAAUUAUGCCCCCUUUUGGACUUAGAAAAUUCUGGUUAAAGUUUUACAUGCAAGUUACUAUCUCCAAAACUAAUGCAGAUAUUGAAUUGAAACUUCACAUGUGUCUUCGGGGUUAUAAAACUAGUUGAUAGCACCAAGUCCCAUAACUCUGACCUUCAUUUUGGCCAAAUUAUGCCCCCUUUUGGACUUAGAAAAUUCUGGUUAAAGUUUUGCGUGCAAGUGCAUACAGCUAUUACUAAAAGGCAUGUAGAUUUGAAACUUAUUUUUUCUUUUUCUAAAUCAAUUACCUAUCUCACUGGGUCAAGUCCCAUAACUCUGACAUGUAUUUUGGCCAAAUUAUGCCCCCUUUUGGACUUAGAAAAUUCUGGUUAAAGUUUUGCAUGCAAGUACAUACAGCUAUUACUAAAAGGCAUAUAGAUUUGAAACUUAUUUUUUCUUUUUCUAGAUCAAUUACCUACCUCACUGGGUCAAGUCCCAUAACUCUGACAUGUAUUUUGGGCAAAUUAUGCCCCCUUUUGGACUUAGAAAAUUCUGGUUAAAGUUUUGCGUGCAAGAACAUACAUCUAUUACUAAAAGGCAUAUAGAUUUGAAACUUAUUUUUUCUUUUUCUAGAUCAUUUACCUAUCUCACUGGGUCAAGUCCCAUAACUCUGACAUGUAUUUUGGCCAAAUUAUGCCCCCUUUUGGACUUAGAAAAUUCUGGUUAAAGUUUUGCGUGCGAGGACAUACAGCUAUUACUAAAAGGCAUAUAGAUUUGAAACUUAUUUUUUCUUUUUCUAGAUCAUUUACCUAUCUCACUGGGUCAAGUCCCAUAACUCUGACAUGUAUUUUGGGCAAAUUAUGCCCCCUUUUGGACUUAGAAAAUCCUGGUUAAAGUUUUACAUGCAAGUAACUAUCUCCAAAACUACUAUAGAUAUUAAAUUGAAACUGCACAUGUGUCUUCGGGGUUAUAAAACUAGUUGAUAGCACCAAGUCCCAUAACUCUGACAUGUAUUUUUGGCAAAUUAUGCCCCCUUUUGGACUUAGAAAAUCCUGGUUAAAGUUUUGCGUGCAAGUACAUACAGCUAUUACCAAAAGGCAUAUAGCUUUGAAACUUAUUUAUUCUUUUUCUAGGUCAAUUACCAACCUCACUGGGCCAAGUUCCAUAACUCUUAACAUGUAUUUUGAGCAAAUUAUGUCCCCUUUUGGACUUAGAAAAUUCUGGUUAAAGUUUUACACGCAAGUUACUAUCCCAAAAACUAAUGCAGAUAUUAAAUUGAAACUUAACAUGUUUCUUCGGGGUUAUAAAACUAGUUGAUAACAUCAAGUCCCAUAACUCUGAUAUGUAUUUUGGUCAAAUUAUGUCCCCUUUCGAACUUAAAACUCUUGAUAUUUUGCUUCUAUGACAAUAUUUCGAAUAGUCGAGCUUGGCUGUCUUACAGACAGCGCUUGUUCAAAUGAUCUUCAUGAAAUUUUGUCAGAAUGAUUACCUUAAUGAAAUCUAGCCAAGUUUGAAAAUAGGUCAUCUGGGGUCAAAAACUAGGUCACUAGAUCAAAUCAAAGAAAAACCUUGUGUAUGCGAUAGAGGCUGUAUUUUUCAACUGAUCUUCAUAAAAUUUUGUCAGAAUGAUUAACUUGAUAAAAUCUAGGCCAAGUUGAAAAUGGGUUAUCUGGGGUCAAAAACUAGGUCACUAGAUCAAAUCAAAGAAAAACCUUGUGUAUGCGAUAGAGGCUGUAUUUUUCAACUGAUCUUCAUGAAAUUUUGUCAGAAUGAUUAACUUGAUAAAAUCUAGGCCGAGUUCGAAAAUGGGUCAUCUGGGGUCAAAAAGUAAGUCAAAAGGUCAAAUCAAAGAAAAACCUUGUGUAAGUGAUAGAGGCUGUAUUUUUCAACUGAUCUUCAUGAAAUUUGGUCGGAAUUAUUAACUUGAUGAAAUCUAGGUCAAGUGUGAACAUGGGUCAUCUGAGUUUAAAAACUAGGUCACUAGGUCAAAUUAUAGAAAAAUCUUGUGUAUGCGAUAGAGACUGUAUUUUUCAAUUGAUUUUCAUGAAAUUUAGUCAGAGUGAUUGCCUUGAUUGAAUGUAGGUCGAGUUUAAAUAUGGGUCAUCUGGGUUCAAAAACUAGGUCACUAGGUCAAAUCAAAGAAAACCCUUGUGUAUGUGAUAGAGGCUGUAUUUUUCAAUUGAUCGUCAUAAAAUUUGGUCAGAAUGAUUGCCUUGAUGAAGUCUAGGCCGAGUUUGAAUAUGGGUCAUCUGAUGAAAAACUAGGUCAAUAGGUCAAAUCAAAGAAAAACCUUGUGUAUGCGAUAGAGACUGUAUUUUUCAAUUGGUCUUCAUGAAAUUUUGUCAGAAUGACUGCCCUGAUGAAAUCUAGGUCGAGUUUGAAUAUGGGUCAUCUGGGGUCAAAAAGUAGGUCACUAGGUUAAAUCAAAGAAAAACCUUGUGUAUGCAAUAUAGACUGUAUUUUUCAAUUGAUCUUCAUGAAAUUGUCAGAAUGAUUGCCUUGAUAAAAUCUAGGUCAAGUUUGAAUAUAUCACAAAGUCUUAUCUAAGAAAAUGCUUGUUUAAACUCAAGAGAUCACAUUUUUGGUCCAGUCUUAAUGAAAAUUGGCCAGAAUAUUUGUUUCCAUGAAAUCAGUAGGUCAAACACGUUUACACUGUUAUGGUGUGUAUCUCAGGUGAGCGACCUAGGGCCAUCUUGGCCCUCUUGUUUCAAAAGUAUGGUAGCAUAUUUCUGCCAUAAAAUAAGUGCUAAAAUUCGCGUUAAAUAAAUAUCAAGAAAAUUG